UCCCUUGCAUACCGGCUGACCUUCAAGCAUGGCUGUCAGACAAUUGUCCAAGAUUUCCAGACUGUUCCCACAAAAUGCAACAUUUGUUGCAUCGACUAAGCUCAGCUCAACAUGGGCAAACGUAGAAAUGGGUCCACCGGACGCCAUUCUUGGUGUCACAGAGGCAUACAAGCGUGACACCAACCCUAAAAAGAUGAACCUGGGUGUUGGAGCUUACCGUGAUGACAGUGGGAAACCUUUCAUCCUGGAAUGCGUCAAAGAGGCCGAGCAGAUGAUGCUGAGGGAAGGCGUGGACCAUGAGUAUGCCCCCAUCACUGGACCACCAGAGUUCUGUAAGGAGGCUGCAAAGUUAGCAUUCGGGGAUGACAGUCCAGUCAUUAAAGAAGGCAGAAAUGUAACAGUCCAGGGUGUAUCAGGAACAGGUUCCCUCAGGAUAGGGGGUGCAUUCUUCUCAAAGUGGUACUCAAAAAGCAACGUGUUUUACCUUCCAAGUCCGUCCUGGGGAAACCAUACACCUAUUUUCAAACACUCAGGCCUGGAGGUCAAGUCUUACAAAUACUAUGACCCAAGCACCUGUGGGUAUGAUUUCAACGGAGCUAUGGAGGAUAUAUCGAAAAUCCCAGAGGGAAGUACCAUUGUAUUACAUGCAUGUGCCCACAAUCCUACUGGUGUAGACCCAAGGCCAGAACAAUGGAAGGAGAUGAGCGCUCUUAUAAAGAAACAAAAACUCUUCCCCUUCUUUGACAUGGCGUACCAAGGAUUUGCCAGUGGAAACAUUGAUAAUGACGCCUUUGCUGUUCGUCAGUUCCUGGAGGACGGACACCAGAUUGCCUUGGCUCAGUCUUUUGCCAAGAACAUGGGAUUGUAUGGUGAGCGAGCUGGUGCCUUUAGUAUUGUUUGUGGAACGAAGGAGGAGGCAGACAGAGUUAUGUCCCAGGUCAAGAUUCUCAUCCGACCCAUGUACUCUAAUCCUCCCGUCCACGGAUCCCGUAUUGCUGCUCGAGUACUCUCCAACCCAGACCUGAGAACUAUCUGGCUCGGUGAGGUGAAGGGUAUGGCUGACCGCAUUAUCAACAUGAGGAACAGGUUGAGGGAUGGUCUGGCCAGAGAAGGAUCAAGUCACAACUGGCAGCAUAUCACAGACCAGAUCGGCAUGUUCUGUUUCACUGGACUGAAACCUGACCAGGUGGAGAAACUCACAAAGGAAUACUCUGUGUACCUAACAAAGGAUGGGCGGAUAUCAGUGGCUGGAAUUACCUCGGGCACAGUGGAUUAUCUAGCUCAUGCUAUGCACCAAGUCACAAAGUGAAAGUACAGCUAAAUAUAGAACACUGUACUGUAGGGGUGUGUUCAAAAGCAAAAACGUUUUGGAAUAUUUCAGAAUAUCUUACCAGUAUUCUGUUUCUCUCACGUAAAACUAAGGAUGGACAUAAUGUAAAGUAUUACAGAACUUACUUUGGUUCUGAACAUAUCUCCAAACACAAAGUUAAGUGAAAUUUCAGUUGGUGCAGGUGUUUAGAAUGUUAAUGAGACUCCGAAAGAUAUCACAAUGAUUCAUAAAACUAUAACAGAAAAAGAGGAGGAUUUCAUUUCCCCCCCCAAAAAUGUUGGAAAUCUUCAAAAUCAACAAUACUGGCACCCAUGUUAGAGGGUUGGUUGAAACCAUGUUAAAAGGAUCUGAUGAAAGUGCUAUUAUUUGUUUUGUUAGAAUACUGCCAAAAUACACUUUAUAUGUAAAUGAAGAUAUUUAAGAGAAUCUUUGAAGGUAUCUAUUUUUGUAUGAGAAGCAAAAUUUUUCGUGUAUCAUUCUCAGCGAGUUUUGCUCAUUUUGACAUUUUACCUUCUAGUGUGUGAAGCCCAGGCUGUUUUAUGCUGUACUGGUUACAGCAAUUGAUGACAGCUGUCAGAUGUUCAAACUACCGUAAACACUUUAAAAGAUUGACUCUUAUCUUAUAGAAGAAAUUUUUUUUUUUUUUUUUAGAAAAUUUGAUGUGGACUUUUGCAUUUCUGUCUUGUACAUACUGAAUAGGGUAUGUUUACAAUAGAACUGUAUUUGUAUAUGAACAUUAUUAUUUGGUUUUUAUGAAAUACUAUGAUGUACCACAGUAAAUUCUCUAGUGCUUGUUUGAUUUUAUCUGAUUAUGCAGAAUAUGUUACUGUCAAUCAACAAUACAUGUACUAGGUACUGCUUAAAUGGUUUAUGUAUAUAUUUUACACCUGUUCACAUGAACAAUUAAACAAAAUAACAUAUUCAGACAUAUUAAAAGCAUAAUUUUUUAUUUUCACAAAGUGAAAUUGUUACUUAAUAUGUAAAAAGAUGUAACUGACAAUGAUUUCAGACCGAAUGGCCUCUUGCUGAUUUGUAAAAUUGGAGUGAUAUUUCAUAAUGAUAGACUGUAAUAAAUAUCCUCUAAUCAGUUAAAUGGAAGGAUGUUAUAAGGUGUGCAUGUGGUUGUUAAUUUCUAUGGUUGAAAUUUUAUCCAGUGUAAGUUAUUGUUUAUAGAUAAAACUCCCACUAUGAUAGGAAUGAGACUUAAUAAACAAAAGAACACCUA